GCAAAGUAAGCAGGAAGGUGUUGGCUUCUUAUAGCUUAAUAACAGGCCAUAAGUUUAAAGUCCAAAAGGGCUCAGAUUUCUACCCUAUGUUUGACGUCUCAGAUGUUGAUCCAGACAAGAGCCACGGUGACUUCCCUGCACCUCAGCCCACCCACAGUAGUGAGAUGAAGGUGCAGCAGCCCCGGCUCAGCCCCCUCCCCGCCCCCACAGAGGAGCAUGGGGAUAGAGACAUAAGCCACACCAGCGCUGGUAACCUGCAGAUCAGUUACCUUCUCCCUGGCUCUCCUGGAUGCACGGUGACUCUGCUCAUCCACUGUAGCUGAAGAACAAGUGACUGAGCUACAGGAGUUGCUGGGGGGGAGGGGUGGCAAGAGGAAUGAAUGAUGAGCACCCGUGCCAUCUAAGGCCCAGUCGGACUUGCAGAAGUGUAAUGGGAACGCAGAGAGGCCAAGUUCAGAUGCACUGGAUACAACCAGAGGCAGCUGGAAGCUUCGCAGACCUGGUUGAAAGGAAGAGUACCCAAGUCUACAGCUAAGGAGCUAAGAGUGCCUCACAAAAGGUGGCCUUUUUACUUCUCUCCUUUACUCUUUUCUUUUUAAAAUUAUAUAUUCAGUUUAUAUAAAAUAUAAUUCAGGGUAUUCAGUUUAAAUGAUGGAGAGGCAUAUCCCUACCUACGUAUGGGCAGAAGAAACUCCUGCUUUGUUACUGUUUUCCCAGCAUAACAUCCAGGGCAGAGAGAGGGCUCUGUGAAGCUUUGGGAACUCUCAAUCGCGGCAGUAUAAAGCUGAGGCACUCCUCAGAUCUGAGCACCAAGACCUCAGAUGGGCAUCGGUGUCAUUCACUAACCAGCAGGAUGGAGACCACGCCGCUAAACUCUCAGAGGGAGGUAUCAGCCUGUAAGGACGGAGAAGAUUGCCAAGAAAAUGGAGUGCUACAGAAGGGGGUCCCAGCCCCAGGGGAUAAAGCAGAAUCCAGCCAAAUAUCCAAUGGGUACUCAGCGGUUCCGAGCCCUGGUGCAGAUGAUACGCGGCACUCUGUCCCGGCUGCCACGACCACCACCCUCGUGGCUGAGGUCCAUCAAGGGGAGCGAGAGACCUGGGGCAAAAAGGUGGAUUUCCUCCUCUCAGUCAUUGGCUAUGCUGUGGACCUGGGCAACGUCUGGCGCUUUCCCUACAUAUGUUACCAGAACGGAGGGGGGGCGUUUCUCCUCCCCUACACCAUCAUGGCCAUUUUUGGGGGAAUCCCACUCUUUUACAUGGAGCUCGCGCUGGGGCAGUACCACCGAAAUGGAUGCAUUUCAAUAUGGAGGAAAAUCUGCCCGAUUUUCAAAGGGAUUGGCUAUGCCAUCUGCAUCAUCGCCUUCUACAUCGCCUCCUACUACAACACCAUCAUGGCCUGGGCACUGUACUACCUCAUCUCCUCCUUCACGGGCCAGCUGCCCUGGACCAGCUGCCAGAACUCCUGGAACACUGGGAAUUGUACCAACUACUUCUCUGAGGGCAACAUCACCUGGACACUCCAUUCCACUUCCCCUGCUGAAGAGUUUUACACGCGCCACGUCCUGCAGAUCCACCGGUCUAAGGGACUCCAGGACCUGGGGGGCAUCAGCUGGCAGCUUGCCCUCUGCAUCAUGCUGAUCUUCACUAUCAUCUAUUUCAGCAUCUGGAAAGGCGUCAAAACAUCUGGCAAGGUGGUGUGGGUGACAGCCACCUUCCCUUACAUCAUCCUCUCUGUCCUGCUGGUGAGGGGGGCCACCCUCCCUGGAGCCUGGAGGGGUGUACUCUUCUACUUGAAACCCAACUGGCAGAAACUUCUAGAGACAGGGGUAUGGGUGGAUGCCGCUGCUCAGAUCUUUUUCUCUCUUGGUCCCGGCUUUGGGGUCUUACUGGCUUUUGCGAGCUACAACAAAUUCAACAAUAACUGUUACCAAGAUGCCCUGGUGACCAGUGUGGUGAACUGCAUGACGAGCUUUGUUUCGGGAUUCGUCAUCUUCACAGUGCUGGGGUAUAUGGCUGAGAUGAGGAACGAAGAUGUGUCUGAGGUGGCCAAAGACGCAGGCCCCAGCCUCCUCUUCAUCACAUACGCGGAAGCUAUAGCCAACAUGCCAGCGUCCACGUUCUUUGCCAUCAUCUUCUUCCUGAUGUUAAUCACACUGGGCUUGGACAGCACAUUUGCAGGCUUGGAAGGGGUGAUCACGGCUGUGCUGGAUGAAUUCCCGCACAUCUGGGCCAAACGCCGGGAGUGGUUUGUACUAGCUGUGGCUAUUACCUGCUUCUUUGGAUCCCUGAUCACCCUGACUUUUGGCGGGGCCUACGUGGUGAAGCUGCUGGAGGAGUAUGCCACAGGGCCCGCGGUGCUUACGGUUGCACUUAUAGAAGCUGUCGCUGUGUCUUGGUUCUAUGGUAUCACUCAGUUCUGCAGUGAUGUGAAGGAAAUGCUUGGCUUCAGCCCCGGAUGGUUUUGGAGGAUCUGCUGGGUAGCCAUCAGCCCUCUGUUUCUCCUGUUCAUCCUUUGCAGUUUUUUGAUGAGCCCGCCACAGCUACGACUUUUCCAUUAUAAUUAUCCCUACUGGAGUAUCAUCCUGGGGUACUGCAUAGGAACUUCAUCUGUCAUCUGUAUUCCCACAUACAUAGCUUAUCGGCUGUUCAUCACUCCAGGGACAUUUAAGGAGCGCAUUAUUAAAAGUAUCACUCCAGAAACACCAACAGAAAUUCCCUGUGGGGACAUCCGCUUGCAUGUUGUGUAACACACUUUUCAGUGACCGAGAAAAGGCUUCCCAACAACCUCCUUCUUCAGUUCUGACAAGUCGUGCUUCGCCUCUCCCCUUUAAGUGAAUGAGUUUCCAGCUAAGCCUGACAAUGGAAAGGCCUUCUCCAUAGACAUGGACCUAUGAAACUAUGGUGCCCAGACUCUUAUGGCCUCCAGCAACUUUUCAUGAAAUCUCCUGGACACACUACCAUGUUAGAGUGUGAUACAGCUAAACUGGCCUAUUUUGGACAUGUGAGGAUGUGUGUGGAGGUGAUGAAAACCACCCUAUCAGUUGGGAUUAGGUUUAGAAUCCAGUUUGUGAAAGUCCCCUGUAUCGUUUCUUGGUAUGAUCACUGGUAUCUGACAUCUACUUGCUUCUAAAGGUUUCACCAUUCAUGAAUACAUAAACCAUGUAGGAGAAAAACAGGGAUGACAUCUUGCUAGCCAUUUAUUUUCUGAGUAGCAUAGAAUCUACUUUUCUGUAGCUGGAAUCUCCUACAACCCUGUAACCUGUGUGCUGCUGUGAAGUCAGGAAAAGAUGUAAGAAGCUAAACUGAAAAAUAAUGUAAACAUGUGAGCAUGUGUGUCUGUGUAUAUAGUUGUUGCACUGUAUUCUCCAUUCCAGUACUUUGAGCCCAUUACAAAUUCCUAAUUUUUCUUACAUUAACAAA